UUUAAUCAAAAAAAAAAACAAUUUUGUGUAUAGUCUUGAACAUUUUUUGUAUAUUUUUCUAAGUUUCAAACAUAAACAAGUAAGUAGACUGUUCUAUAUAUUUCUCAGAUCUCACUCAUAUAAUUCAACAUUUCUACUUUCAAUGUGACUCAUUUGCUUUUAAAAACAGUUUACAUAUUAUAUUUAUAGUUCAUUGAACAGUUUACAUAUGAUUACAGCUAUGAUAGCAGCAUGGAACAUUACAAAACAAAAACAACAACAGCAGCACCUGGAGUAGAAGUUGUAGUACAUAUUGUUAGUUGAAGUAUAAGUAUAUAUUUUUUGGUAGAAGUUGUAGUGCUAAUUUUGAACUUUAUUUGUGUUUUGCGCCAUUUUCAUUCUUUCAGUUGUGAAUUAGUGUUUGUUAGCAUACUUAGGGUAGCUGGGAUAGUCAUUUUUACUUAUUAUUAGCUUUAAUUAUAAUUUGAAAUGUCUGCUGGAAGGAAAAAAGAUCCCAUUUGGGUCUAUUAUAAUGAAAAAAUUGAGUUAGGAAAGAAAGGAUCUAAAGCAAUAUGUAACUUAUGCCAAAAAGAAAUGCAAGGAUUGGUAUCAAGAAUGAAAAUGCAUCAUGAAGUGUGUGUAGCAAAAAAUGAAGUUGAAAAGAAGAAAGAUUGUGAACAAGAAAAAGAUGCUUUAGAUGUUACUGCUACUUACAACAGAGGAACAGAUAAUAAAGCUCAAAUUGAAAGCCAAAAUCUGCCAGAUCCUUGUAAUAAGCGUAUUCAGUGUGAUGAAGAUUUGACUGCUACUGAUACUGACAUAAAGAUAAAGAAAUUCAAGACUACAGGUAUUAGCCCAUUUAUAGUGAAAAUGCCAACCAAUCUUAAAGAUACACUAGAUUUACAAGUAGCCAAAUUCUUUUUUUCCUCCAACAUAUACCUUUUCGAUCUGUUGAAAAUCCACAUUUUCUUAAGCUAAUGCAAAUGCUAAGACCUGGGUAUAAACCCCCGAGUGAAAUUGAUUUAGGCAAUCGUCUCUUAAGUGCUGUUCAUGAACAUGAGAUAGAAAAGAUUACUGGUGAAUUAUCUGAACAAACGGUAUGUAUGUCAGUGGAUGGUUGGUCUAAUAUACACAAUCAACCAUUACUUUGUGCAUGUGUUACUACUAUGGAAGGUAAUACUUAUUUAGUAGACACAAUCGACACAUCCUUAACAUCAC